CGGAGCUUUUAGAAAAAUACCUAGUUGCGGCAGGUGCCCUUGAAAUGGCCUUCAGCGGACGGAAGAGGCGCGGUUGGAGGCAUGAAGCACCAAGGGCUCCUGGCACAGACUCCACCCUUGGAAUUUGCAGUGCAUCGAUUUCAGCCUGGAGACUGGGUCCUGGUUAAAUCCUGGAAAGAAGCCAAACUCCAACCCACCCGGGAAGGACCAUUUCAAGUUCUGUUGACUACGGAGACUGCCGUCCGGACAGCUGAGAAAGGGUGGAUUCAUUAUACCCGACUCAAAGGACCAGUAGAGGCUCCACCUGAGAAAGAACAGUGGCAGGCCUACCGAACUGAAAACCCCUUGUGCCUUAAACUGAAGAAGCAAUGAGUAUUGAUCAAUGCUAACGGAUGAAGUAGUGUUUGUAGUAAUUCUAGUUAUUGCAGUUAUUGGGUUAAUGCUUAUCUGUUGUGUGGAAAAACAGGUUCUGUGGGCAUAAAAGGAGAAGAGAACCUUUUAGUGAAAAUGAGGGGGAUCAUCAUAAUAGUGAGUUGUUGUCUGUGGAACAUCCAGGGGUUUCAAUACAUGACUGUUACAGUACAUCAGAGCUAUCCAGUUAAAUUGUGGAUAAAUGUAACUGAGAAGAGCACUCCCCAAACCACAGUGUUUGAUGCAUGCCAGAUAUUGAAUUGUGGACCCUUAGAAUCCCAGAGGCAGUGGAGACAUGUGGAUAAAUAUUUAUGUCCUGAAAGUGGUGUAGCAGUAGGCAAGCCAUGUGGACAGUGGUCUAGUUUAUGGUUUAUGGCUGCUCAGGGAUGGACAGCUCCUCAUAGUCAGGGAAACCCUCUAAAAAAACAACUCAGAAUGUUUAAGGGAACAUCUGAUCCCAGCUGUCAGCAUCUACAGUGUAAUCCUGUAAUCAUCAGUCUUACAAAAGUUGACAAAGAAGUUAAUUGCACGUAUGGGCUUGGAGCUGAGAUAACUGGUACUGAUCCAGUGGGAAGGUUUAGAAUAGUGGUGUGGGAAUCAAAGCUUGAAUCGGAAAAGGCACGUCCUACUGUUUUUCCUAAAAUAAAAACCUGGAAUCCACCAAAUGAUCCAAAAGUAGUAACCUUGACAGAGGUCAAGGAUAUAAAGCAAACCUUUGAAAUUGAAAUUGGAUAUGGAGAGACAAAUGUGUGGGUUGAAUGGGUCAAAUAUACAGUGCAAAGUUUAAAUCAAAGCAAUUGUUAUGCUUGUGCCUCAGGGAGGCCUACGGCACGGAUAGUUCCUUUUCCAUUGGGGUGGAGCAAAGACCCACAGGGAAUUAAAUGCAUGAUUGCUUUAUAUCAAGACACAACUGCAUGGGGUGAUCAGGCUUGCAAGUCUCUAUCGCUGCUUUUUCCUGCUGUACAGAUCAAGGACCUCAGAGUGCCUCCUGCUUUCUCUGUAGUGCUGGGUGUGGGAAACUGUUCUUUUCUUCCCCACAUAAGUCUAAACAAAAUGCCUUUUAAGCCAGCAAAGAUCUCUCCUGAUUAUCCCCAGCUAAGGGACUAAAACAGACUUGCUUCUCAAGGACAACUGAACCCAAAACAACAGAUGUGGUCCGGGACAGAAAGGAUGAGCUACAAGCCAUCCUGUGCCCCUGCUGGUCACAACCCUAGCUUGGGGCUCAUGGACGCUCAUUGGCUCUGGACAGUGACACUGACUGGACCGGUGGGUCACGGGGGAAUCAAAGGCAGUGAGUGCAGCAGGUGGACCCUUCCCUCCUCCCUGAGGCCCGUUCGGACGCUUUCUGCCUGGGACACCCCCCUGCUGCGGACACUGGUGCUGGGACCCUGCCUGCCUGCCUGCCCCGGGUCCAGCCUGAGCCUCAGCGCCGAGCGUGCCAGGGUCCCGAGCCCUGGGGUCGGGGCCGGAGCCCCCUCCCCGUGUUGCUGCCGGUUGAGGGGAAACCAACGGGCGCUGCACCCGCUGCCGAGCCGCGAGAGGCUGCCCCUCCGAUACCAUGGACCUGCCGUCAUACACACACACACACACAUUCCUUUCCUCAUACUCGUACACACAGCGCGACCUCUUAAAGAGGACUGACGUCGGGUUUCCUUCCCUCCUCCCCUCCUCCCUUUGGUCCUUAACCCUCUCCCUCAAAAGCACCGGACCUUUUGCAUUGCCUCCCUAAAGGACACUUUCUCACUAUAUACAUAUUUAUAUCCCUGGUAGCCAUUUACAUUGUCCCUAAACAUCAUC